AAAACUGCAAAUGAAACAAAGAAAUAUCCAAAAGCUGCAGAGUAAAAGCCCACAUGACUUGCCUCCAUAAGAGAGCAUUAGUCAUCUUCUGCAUAUAAAUUUCUCUUCUCCGAUUCACUCUGUAGCUCAAAGCUAUGUCACUCUCCUUGCAGUCUCCGCCCUCUUCAGCUCUCUCCUCCAAAUCUUCACUUCAGGGAGGACACUUGAGGCUUCUUGGUCGAUCGGGAGCUUCUAAUGCGGUCUUCUUCAACCUCCAACCAUCUUUUCCUCAAAUUCGUGCUUCUGCUGGCUUUUCUUCUUCUCUCGAUACUGGUGCGAGCACUGAAUUAGAUGCUGUAUCUAGAUUCAGUGAGAUCGUUCCUGACACAGUCAUUUUCGAUGAUUUCGAGAAGUUUCCUCCAACUGCUGCUACUGUUAGCUCUUCGCUUCUUUUGGGUAUAUUGAGUCUCCCUGAUACGAUAUUCAGAAAUGCUGUGGAUAUGGCUUUGGCGGAUUCAGGGUGUGCUGCUCUGGAAAAUGCUGAAUUGAAAUUGUCCUGUUUCGCUAACAAAGCUUUAGUUAAUGUUGGAGGUGAUCUGGUGAAAUUAGUACCUGGCCGAGUUUCAACCGAAGUGGAUGCACGGUUGGCUUAUGACACUCAUGGCAUUAUUGGGAAGGUGCAUUCCUUACUGAAGUUGUACAAUGAAAUUAAUGUUCCUCCAGAGCGUUUGUUAUUCAAAAUUCCUUCAACUUGGCAAGGAAUAGAAGCCUCAAGAUUGCUGGAAUCUGAGGGCAUACAGACGCAUUUGACUUUUGUUUACAGCUUUGCUCAAGCUGCAGCUGCAGCCCAAGCUGGUGCUUCUGUUAUACAGAUUUUUGUUGGACGCAUCAGGGAUUGGGCACGCAACCAUUCUGGUGACCUUGAGAUAGAUGCUGCUCUAAAAAGAGGGGAAGAUCCUGGUUUGUCUUUGGUGACCAAAACUUAUAAUUACAUCCACAAAUAUGGACAUAAAUCAAAGUUGAUGGCAGCAGCAGUUCGGAACAAACAAGAUUUAUUCAGUCUUUUGGGGGUUGACUAUAUCAUUGCACCAUUGAAGGUAUUGCAGUCUCUCAAUGAGUCCGUCACUACUGCUGAUGAGAAGUACUCUUUUGUUCAGAAGUUAUCACGGCAAUCUGCUGCUGCCUACAAUUUCAGUGAAGAAGAGGUAGCAAAAUGGGACCAAUUAAGCCUUGCAUCAGCUAUGGGCCCUGCUGCGGUUGAGCUUCUGGCUGCUGGUCUGGAUGGUUAUGCUGAUCAAUCAAGGCGAGUUGAGGAACUAUUUUCAAAGAUUUGGCCCCCACCAAAUGUGUAGAACUUUAUGGUCCAUUCUGAGGGAUUUCUGAGCGAUACGGGUGUCAUUUCUAUCCCCAUCCAUUUCAAAAUGGUAAUUAAGGAUUAUAGUUAGCCAAACUUCUUCUUGAUAAACAAAGUCUACCUCUAGCCAAGUGGUAAGUUUUUGGUGUGAUAAUACAAACUUGAGCAAUGAAUCCACCUUUUGCUAUAA